CGCGAGCUGGAAGAGUCAAAACGUCCUCACACCUCAGAUCAUUGUUUUUCCUUCUGAUGGCAAAGCCCGCGAACUAACAAACUGUCCGGGGGAAACUGGUGUCUUUUAUCGAUUUGCAAGCUCGAUAAAAAGUGUACGAGUUUUUAUGGAACAUGUCGGAGUCAGAAUUUUACAUGCAAUGUGAUGAGGAGGAACUUGCACCAUGUCAAAGUAACACAGAUGAGACAAAUCAGACAGACAACAUAAAUCAUGUGCUUAACGGACAUGCAGUAUCUUCACCGGCGUCCUCUGUGUCUCCUGCUCCCACUAUGCAGUCUUCUGCCAUCAAGACAACACUUGUGCCAAUUGUUUCUGGUUCUGUUGUACCACAGUCUUUACUGGCUGGUGUUCUUCAGUCUAUUCAGAUUGCUGCAGGAGGCAAGGGACAACAAAUCUACAUUGCCCCAAAGCCAUCUUCAGACAGCCAGAAGAGCAUUGCCACCCCAGUUGGUUACAUCCUGCCUACAGGCCAAGCUGUCACUUUUCUGACUCCUAAUCAGACAGGCUCGUUAAUCUCUCCUCAGCUUGCAUCUCUAUCAAGCACACCACAACCAGCAGCUGUUCAGAUCCCAGUGACGAUCAUCCAGAGCCCAUCUGCUUUAACUGUCACCACAGUAACCUCCAGUGGGAUGCCUGCUGUGAGCACCUCACACCCCAACAGUCUUCCUCACACCUCUUCAGCUGCCUCAGAACUGCCAACAUCAUCUUCAGCACUACAGCUUCUUCCUACUGCUGAUCAAACUCAGGUCUCCUCAAUAAAGACCCAUGUCCGAGCCCAGAAAUCUGCUUUUUCUCCUACUCCUUCCCCCAAAGUAUUUCAGAAUGUUUUCAAGGCGCCUCAGUCCUGUUCUCGCUGUAACGUGGCCUAUAAAGUUGUUCAUGAGCUUCGUGGCUACAUGUGUCACUGUAAUCCAGACCUCAUAAACAGUGUCCAUGCAUUGGCCACCAAACCCCGACAACGGGUCAAGCGGCCCAGGCGUAGCAGUGACCCAGUGCAAUCCAUAUCCAAUGUGUUUAAGAGCACUAUUCCCACCCCUUCCUCCUCAACCCCUGCAAGCAGCAGACAUCCAGUAGCCUCUCCUCCUCCUUCUCUUCCUUCUCCUCCUUCACCUCCUCCUCCCUCUUCUCUGAACCACAUCACUACAUCUGAGAUACCAGAGGGUGUACGAAUCCCUGGCACCGGUGAUUAUGAUAUGCACGGCAAGCUUAUUAUGCUAGUGGAAGACUUCUACUACGGGAAGGACCCUGGACGUCCUGUCCUGAUAGAAAAUAACCAGGUGCCUGUUACGAUGAAAUGCCAUCUCUGCGACAAGAAGCUGAAGAACAACAUCAAGCUGAUGAACCACAUGAAGCACCAUAUGGAAAUGGAGUAUCAGAGGGCUGAUGAGAAAUCCCACACGAUGUGCCAGCACUGCUUCCGCAACUUUAGCACACCCUUCUCCCUGCAGUGCCACCUCGAGGCCGUCCACAGCCAAGUAGAGUCUGCAUCACUUUGCAAGAUCUGUGAGUUGCAUUAUGAGAACACUCCCCUCUUUUUGCAUCAUAUGAAAAACUUUCACAAGCCUGGUGAAAUGCCCUACAUGUGUCAGGUUUGCAAUUUCCGUUCUUCUUUCUACUACGAUGUAAUACUUCAUUUCCGUGAGCUCCACAAGGACACAGGCAAUCUUCUGUGCCCGUACUGCCUCAAAGUGUUCAAGUCCUGCAACAGCUACCAGCUCCACUACAACAAACACCAGAAAAAAUCAGUGUUGCAUUGUGACAAGUGCCGGCUUCAGUUUCUUUACGCAAAGGACAAGGCAGAGCACAAGUUUUUAUUUCACCAGACCCAUCUCAGGCCUGUGCAGCUGCUGGGGCUUAAACCUGGUACUAAGAUAACCAUCCGGGCUUAUUCUGUGACUAAGGUAAACGACAACACUAAUUUCAGUCAACCUGGUACUAGCAGUGAAAGCUCACCUGCACCCUCAGUUCCUGCACCCUCAGUUCCUGCACCUCAGACCGCUUUCAAGAGAAUCACACCUACGAAGAGGAAGCCUGUUGAGAGCAUAUUGGAAGUCAUGACCAAGUUUCAGAAACAGUGUGAGUCUUCCAGAAGUUGGUUCUGCAUCGAAUGUAACUUUGAGAUUCCAGAUUUUUCCUCUCACUUCCCCACAUUUGUGCACUGCUCCUUGUGCCGUUAUAGCACCUGCUGCUCCAGAGCAUAUGCUAACCACAUGAUCAGUUAUCAUGUUCCUCGCAAAACUCUUACUAAAUACCUGAACUUGUACAAGCCCUGUCCGAGGUUGGGUAACCUACGCUGCAGUACCUGUGAGUAUUCCACUGAGAUUGGAGACAUGAUGGCUACACAUCUAGCUAGGAAUCCAAGCCACACCUUCAGCCACUGCAAAUUCAAUGAGGGAUUUUCCGGUGGCUAUAAAAGAUAUGUCUUCAUACCAAGUGAUCUGAUUCGGAAGGGCCAGCGGCUCAACUGUGGAACUGCAUUACAGAAAGAAGAAAUUCAAGUGGAUCAGAAUUCCCUUCCACAAGCCACGAAUCCUGUGCCCCUUCUCAGGGGGUGCAUAAACCCCCCUGAUAGCUCUGCACACACCCCAUCUAUUCCCUCUGAAGUACAACCUGUAGUUGAAAGCACUGUGCCUGACGAGAAUUGUGGGACGCAGCCAAAAGAUUUAACACCAGAGAAAAUAGCACUUGACAGUGAAGCUAACACUCAAGCUGGAGCUAAACCCGGAGGAACUUUUACUAUCGCACAGCUCAAGGUUAUACUCUACGCCCUGUGCUUUGGCGUUCCUCAGGCAGCCAGCCAGUUUGAUAUUCAGCCAGAGGAAGUCCAAUCCUUGCUACUCAAGCGUCAGCUUCAGCUUGGGCCACCAAAGAGCAGAGAAGGGUUAAUUCCUCGUGCAAGUGAUCGGUUAGCAGAGUGGGUGCUGUGUCAGCGUGAGCAGCAGCUUCCUGUAGAUGAAAUUAGUCUUUUUUCCAAAGCUGCACAGUUCAUGAGCGCUGAUGGUGGGCCAGGCAUCUCUUAUGGCUGGGCUGUGGACUUCCUGAUCAACCAUGAUUUAUCUCUGCAGUCAUUAGCCACAUCUCGGCGAAUGCUACCCCAUAAGGUUCAGGAACGUAUGCACAAUUUUACCUCAGUUAUAAAUAAGCAGGUCAGUUCACAUUGCUUGGGUCUGUCAGCCAUUGCUGCUAUGGAUGAGGUUUCCAUUUUUAUAGACAUGGAGCAGCUUGAUCCUGCCUCAGCCGAUUCUUCUUCCAUGAUGUCCGCCUUUAAGUUGGUUGGCGACAAGGAACCGCUUAUAGAUAUUUUACUCGCCUCUCUAGCUGACGGCACUAUCUUACCUACCAUAGUAUUUCUUAGAGGAGAGUCUCUAAGCCCGGAUGCACCGACCUUGCCAGACAUCAUCUUGGAGGCUAAGCCAGAGGGCUUUUCUGAUGAAGAAAGACUCCAGCUAUGGUUUGACAAAGUGUGGCGUCGGCAUGUGAAGCCAAACUCUGGAAGCAUGGGGUUGCUAGUUAUGGAUCCAUAUCGGGGUCACCUAAGUCACAGUUUCCUAGUAUUGCUCAACAAUGCAAACACUGUGCCUGGCAUCAUCCCUCACGCAUGCUCUUGUCGUGUGCAGCCUCUAGAGGCCUGUGUUGGUCUGGUGCUACGAGAGUUCCUGCAAGCUCGAUGGAGCCAGCAUGUGACUGAAGCUCCCCAAGACCUGAUUGGUGCUGUGCCUGCUGACCUAGCCCUUUUGUUGUCAGCUUGGCUCCUUGAAAUGCUGGAUGUCCUAGCAGAAAGGCCAGAAUUUCUUCAGCGCUCUUUUGAGCCAGUGUUGAACUCUAAUUCAGAGUUAGCACCAGGAGGAUUUUCUGAGUUGGUGCAGAAUCUGACAGAAGCUCUCAUGGUGAGCACAAUUCAGGAAGAAGAAUAUGAUGAACCAAAGGCUGAAGACAAAGGCAACAUGUCAUCAGUACGUUCUCCGAGCUUGGCUUCACCAUCAAAUCCCCAAGCUUUGAAGAAAAUCUUUGAGAAAGAUAGUGAUCCAGACACUUUCCAUGGAUUUGAAGAUGCAGAAAUGACAAACUGAUGUCUGAAAAAUCUUCAGGUUGUUUUUAUGCCGAACUUAUUCACAACACACUGCUCUGAAUGAUCUUUGAUUUUGAGUAAGAAAAUAACAUUUGCCUAGUAGCUUAUUGAUCAUGUCUAAGUGUUUCUUGACUGUUCUGUUCAUUUUACAGACGUUGCCUUAGCCUCGUUCUCUCAGUUUCUGUCAGUCACUGAUGAUGAAACAAUUUUUUGGUUAAAAUGUUUUCAUGAGUUUAUCCUCUGUUUAAGAUUUUUCAGCCGUUUAAUAAUUUCAUAAAGUUGGCUGAAACUGCAAAGGUCUUCUCACACACUACUGCAUAAACAUUGGAACACAUGCUGAAGUGAUACUAACGUUACUUUCAGUACGCGUAUCGGUCAUUUAUCUAAUGUGCAAAAAUCCUAAGAAUAUCUUUAAGUUCACCUUAAAAUAUGUCUCCUAUUGUAAUAAUUCCUAUUGUAUCCACGUCCAAUUCUGUCUGCUUUGACUGCUGGACUGUUUUAUAGACCAGCCAAAGUGUCACUGUUCAAUUUUUACUUUGAGUAUUAAUACUGCUAAUGAGCAAAAACAGUCCCCUUGUCUACAAGUGUUGCAGAUUAUCUACUGUAUUUAGGGCUGCAUAUUCACAAUUAAAGGGCUGUCCUUUGAUAUUACAUAAACCUCAUUUUAUCACUAAAACUGAUUUUUUUUUCUAGACGUUUUCUAAAAGGGACAUUUUAUUUUCUAAUCAAUAAAUGCAUUGUUUAUAUUGGUGAUUUUA